AAGUGACCCUUCUGCCAUUUCUUGACCUUGGAAUACGUGAAUAACUCGGCCGCAGCCAGAGCAUGCGUCGCUGCCAGAGCAUCUGCCAUUGUUGUCGAGCAGCCUAGCGGGAAUCUGUCGUGCAGGGGUGUGUGAAUUUGUAGAGGGCAAUUCCGAGAUCUUUAAUCAAGUUUUCCUCGAUCUCCUGACUUGGUUGAGACGUAGAAGCUCCGUCCACAGAAGGUUUUAACCCGCUAAGGGUGGUGGGGUCCCACAGCCCUGCCCAGUCUUCAAAACUGGAAUGUCUGUACAGCUAGAGUUUUCAAAAACGAGGAACAUCUCUAUAUACCUUUUUGGGGGAAACGUCGUAGAGUUUGUGGGCUCCUUAUGGUCGUAUGUUCCGUUGUGUUACAGCCCACGCUGAAACAGCGACGACAGAGAGCGCCGCUCGCGCCUUCCAAAAACCUUGUUGGUGCCGGCUAUUUCUCAAGCCAAGGGGUUUCUUCGCAUGACAUGAACUUUCUUCUUCGUCCUUGUUUGUUCGCUGUGAAAACGUCGAGGAGAAAGAAAGCAUUUGAAUACAUCAAUGCUUAUGCGAACUGCCUUCUGGCACGCCUCAUGGAAAGGCCAUGAAGCCGUUUGUCGCCUGCUGCUUGAAAAAGGUGCCGCCAUUAACCAUCAAGACUUCGAGGGCAGAACGCCCUUACACGAAGCAGCUCACCAUGGUCACGCACACAUCGUUAAGUUCUUGAUUGAGAACAAUGCGGCGAUUGACAUGCCAGAUGCGGCGGGCGAGACCCCGCUGAUGCGCGCUGUCCGAGGUGGAAGAAUCGAAAUCGUCGAAAUCCUCUUGAAAGGCGGGGCGGAGACCAAUCUCAUAACACCAGAUGAACUGACCUCCUUCCACUUUGCAGCUUUUGAGGGAAAUCCUGAGUUGGCAAAGUACUUGUUCUACAAGGGAUCAUGGCGGAACCGUUUUUCACUGCAAGAGAGGAUCGAGUCUCAACGAGCGGAACAGCUGAUAGCUGAACAGUCAUCUUACACGGGUGAACCGAUGAAAUCGGAAGGAGCGGUCGCUGGAGAAGGAACAGACGCUGCAGAAACUUUUUUUGAGGCUGAAAGCCUUGAGACAGAAGUUACCCCCACUCCAGAAGCAGACCAGGGAAGGGAAGACGUUGCAUCCGGACAGAAUCGAACUCCCAGAAGCUCAGCUUCGCGCUUGUCGAGCUUCGGACCCUUUGACGACAAAGUGGAAGAUGGUAACCGUGAAAAUGCUGAAAGGUCUAUCCAUUCGGUUGACUCUGGCGAUUAUCAUGCACGUGAAACUGAGGGAGAAGCCAACAAUGGUACCGGCUAUCCUGGAACAGGUCAAGGCGAGGGUGAAACGGAGAGGCGUCCAAGCAGCCGUGAAUUUGACGAUUCCGCAGAACUGAACUCCCACAUUACAGGGGAUGCAGAAGGUUAAUGAAGCUGAAAUACGCAGUCCCAUGUCGGCUGUCAACUGUGCGUGUUCCGCAGUUGGGAGGUGGUGUCUGCUCUCUCCCACCCUUUAAUUUGGUCCGUUGGUGUCUCUGCAGUUCGCAGUUACACUACAGUGAUAGAUGAAGCUUACGAUCCUGCAGCACUUUUUGGCGGCAGGAAACAUUUUGCCGAGUAACAGGUUCUUUCAGUGAUUGUUCUGAGUUUUUGUUGAGACCCUAUGCACUGUAUAUGACCAAAGACCGGAGGUGUUCAGGCAAAUGGGGUGGUUGAUUCGGAAUUCGUGCAUACAUUGUCAGUGUAACAAAGGGGGCGGAAGACAUGUUUAGCGUUUUGCGGAAAUCCCCUUCGUACUUUUCCUGACAAUGAUCAAUAGCGUUCUGUCUAUACGUGGAUCACGUGGAGCAAAGGACAAGCCUGGUGUGGUACGUUAACAGAUUGAUAUUGUGGCGCACAACGGACUCUCGGCGGCUUCUCCAGAGCAGAAGGGAUUAGCAA